AUGCUCGCCCGCGCCACCUUCCGCGCCGCCUCGGCCCCCUCGCUCGUCGCCCGCCGCGGCUUCCAGUCGACCCGCGCGCAGUUCUCCAGCCCCUACCACUACCCCGAGGGCCCGCGCAGCAACUUGCCCUUUGAUCCUCUGAAGAGGGGCUUUGCGUUCAAGUACUGGGGCUUCAUGGCUACCGGAUUCUCUCUGCCCUUCCUCCUUGCUGUCUGGCAGACAAAGAAGAACAAGGCCUAG